GAGGCUGAUAGUUGCUUGUACGGGUAUGGUGAUAUAAUCGCUUUUUGGUUCUCUCAAAUGAGUUACCGUCUCCGAAGCAUAGUCGAUAUCCCAGUCCGUCGACUCACCGUUUCGAAGCGACACCGUGUUCUUCACACCAGAGGAAACAGCAUAAGCAAUCAAAUCAAAAUGGAACACCGGGAUGCUUCGGUGGUCGUCGUGGACGAUCCGCAGCUUCUGAAGCAGAAACUAGCCUCAAUUCGCGCAGCUGGUCCUGCCACACUACAGGUUAUUGCGGAUUUUGAUGCGACAUUGACGAAGUGCUGGCUGAAUGGCCGGCGUGGGCAAAGCAGUCAUGGGCUUUUGCAGCAAUCGAAUCCAGAGUAUGAUGCCAAGAGACAGGCAUUGCUCGAGUACUAUCAUCCACUGGAAUUCUCACCUUCCAUUCCAAUUGAAGAGAAAACAAGGCUUAUGGAGGAGUGGUGGGGAAAGACGCAUGGUCUUCUUGUAGAGGGAGGUCUCACAUUUGAUGACAUCAAGAAGUCUGUUGCUAAUGCCAAUAUUGCAUUUAGGGAGGGCGUAGUUGAACUCUUUGAACUUUUGGAGGAAAGAGACGUUCCCAUUCUCAUAUUUUCUGCAGGGCUUGCAGAUAUCAUAGAGGAGGUCCUGAGGCAGAAAGUUCAUAGAUCCUUCAAAAAUAUUGAGAUAGUCUCAAAUCGAAUGAUUUUUGACGCUGAUGGUCAUCUUAUAUCCUUUAAAGGGAAGACAAUUCAUAGUCUAAACAAAAAUGAACGUGCUCUUGAUAUGGCUGCUCCACUUCAUGAGAAAUUGGGUGAUACUAAUGUGCUGCUGGCUGAAAACUUCUCUGUGAAGGAGAGAACCAAUGUGCUGCUUCUCGGUGAUCACCUUGGAGACUUGAGAAUGUCAGAUGGCUUGGACUAUGAGACGCGAAUAUCUGUGGGGUUCUUGAACGACAACAUUGAGGGCAAUCUUAGUAGCUAUAGGAAAGCCUUUGAUAUUGUUUGCCUGAAUGAUGCACCGAUGUGGGAAGCAGUCAAAUUAGUUUCUCAGCUGUUUGCAACCGGAAGCAACUAAACGCCAUAAUCAUACAUGGUUCAGCUCGUCUUCCCAGACUUCUCCUACUCGGAGUCUGGAAGGGGAGGUUAAAUAGCCUAUCAUUAUAUUUUUUCUGAAAGAGGAAAUUGAAAUUUGCUCUCUUGGGGUGGAUUAAUUUUUUGAGUUUACAUGAUGUCAGAUCAGAUUUUAAAAGCUAAAAUGGUAUUAGAUUUCGUUUCAUGUCCAUUUAAGCCUGUAGAAUAGUUACUACAUGUAUUCCGUAAAGGUUACACUAUUUUUCUAAUAUAGAUUACAUUUGAUUUCGAUUAUGCUAGAUGGGAUUUAAACA